GAUAAGGGAUCGCAUUCAAGAGUCGUAUAAUUAUCCGCCUUAACUCGAAGCCAGGCACUGCCAUUUCGCCUUCCUAGUUUAGCUUCUUCUUUCCUAGCUUAGCCCUUUCAGACAUGAGGACCUGCUUCUCCUUUUUAUUCCCCCGCCACCAUUUUCUGGUAUAGUUCCAAGAAGCAUACUUGUAGUUCAAGGGAAUGAUAGCAUUAAGACCAAUUCUGGUGUCAAAGUAUAACCAACCCUACUCUCCGAAAACCUUAAUCACCUGCCAUGUAAAACCCUCCAAGGAAAUGCCUCAAAAGCUUCUGCACUCAAACAUGAGUCGAAGGGUAGGAGUCAUAGCAACAAUGGCUCCUUUACUAUUGAUAAGGGAAGAGACUGCAUGUGGGCUUGACCUAAGAAUGGUAGCACCAGAGCAGACGCUUGAAGAGGCAGAAAGUGGAGUUGAGAAUCAUGCAAAAGCUUUGUUGCAAGUGAGAGAUUUGAUAGAGUCCAAGUCUUGGCGUGAGGCGCAGAAGCAGUUAAGGAAGAGUUCAUCAUUGUUGAAGCAGGACAUUUAUACUAUCAUCCAAGGGAAACCUGGAAGCGAAAGGCCUCCACUCAGGAAGCUUUAUUCUAAUCUCUUCAACAAUGUUACUAAACUAGAUUAUGCAGCAAGGGAUGAAGAUGCAUCACGUGUUUGGCAGUGCUACGACAACAUUGUCUUGGCUCUCAAUGAUAUUUUGUCGAAGCUAUAAUCAAGAGUCAUGUCAUUUUUUUAUCCUUCUUGUGCCAUAAGGAGCAAACUUUGUGCCGAUGGAAAUUGUAGACAACCAAAAUAUGACAAUCCAAAUCAGUUUCUGGGCAA